GGCGUGUCCAUGAUGCCGACGUAAACACAACGCACUGACGAGAUUAUACCGAAUCUUGGUCGUUUUGUGAAGAAUAUGUUUUAAUGUGGACACAUCAUGGAUCUAUAUAUUAACGUCAAGGUCAAUUUCAGGGGAAAUUCCAAGAAUUUCCUCCUGUCGGGAUCCGAGACCAAGAGCUGGGACUCGAUGGAGGCCAUGGUGAAGCGCUCCUUUAGUUUGAGCAGCCUUCAGUUGACCUACUUUGACGAGGAGAACGAAGAGGUGUCCAUCAACAGUCAAGUGGAAUAUGAAGAGGCUCUGAAGAGUGCAGCCCGGCAGGGAAAUCGACUGCACAUGAACGUGUACGAAACGCGUGGCCAUCCUGCGAGGGUCUCCAGCUCCAAGGCCAGUGCUACAGAGCCAAAGAGGGGCUUCAGACCCCCUCAGCACUGUCCUACUCUUGCCCAGGUGGUCAGUCGCAAGGUUCAGGCUGCAGUGCCAGAACAAGGCAUGGUGAUGAUGAAAGAAGUGAAAGGGACUAGAGAGGAAGACAAGACUCCUCCAGCCUGGUUCACGUCUUACAUGGAGAAGUUUAAAGACCAGGUGGUCCGUGAGGCUGUGGAGAAAAUCUGCAGAGAGUUUUCUGGACAGUGCUGUAUCCACAAGCCCCUGGGUGGAGGUGCUGAGGGAGCAGGGGGGAGUAGAGGGGAAGCAAUAGCCGGAGCGGAGGUGGUACCUGAGAUUUCUUCCUCUACCCUGCCUGGGGCUCCAUCCUCUUCCACUCCUCCUUGCUCCUCCUGCAGAGGACAGACCACAGGUGGAGGCUACCAAUGCAGUGUGUGUACAUCAUGUACUCUAUGCGAGCCUUGCAGUUUCUCUCAUGACCCAAGUCACAAUUUGGUGAGAGCCAGAACUCCCCUGUCUAUCCCUGAGCAUGGAUCACCUGCCCCUGAUCACAGCAGGUUCUACAGGCGAGGAGACCGCAGCUUCCGUAAGGCGGAGAAGCAACGUCUAAAAGCAGAAAAGCGCCUGCUGAAGGCCGAAGUCAAAGAGAUCCGUAAACAGCUGAGGAUGGAGAGACGUGGCAUACAGUGGAGCUCCUCCCACCGCGAUGGAAGCUCUUCUCCUGUCCUUCUUCAGCCUCGAGCAUCACAGCACAGCAGCCCUGAGCGACCAAAACGUCCCUGUCCACUGAUGGUUCCAACCAUGACUGCUACAUUUCUGGAUGAGAACCUUCCUGAUGGGACCCGCCUGCGUCCUGGGACCAAGUUCAUCAAGUACUGGAAGAUGAGGAACACCGGAACAAUGAGUUGGAGCGCUGACACCAAGCUGAAGUUCAUGUGGGGAAACCUGGCAGUGGGAUCUGGGGAUCGUUGGAGAGAAGUAUCCGUUCCCUUUCUCCAGCCAGGACAGGUCGGUAUAGUGAGUGUAGCACUAUGUGCUCCCUCAAUGGAUGGUUCCUACACCUCUCACUGGCGCCUGGCUCAUGCUGGAGAGCAGUUUGGACCCAGGGUCUGGUGCAGCAUUUUGGUUGACCCCCUGGCCCCUGCCCCUAUGUUGGCGGAUGGGAUACUUGUAUCUCCUUGUGUCACGCCACAGGGUAAAAACCCACUGCCAAAGGACGGUACAGCAUCUAGAAAACAGCCUCCAUUGGCAGUAGACAGCGGAGAAGAGUACUUCAUCCCCUCUGUGGACCUGCUGACUGCACAGGAUCUUCUCUCUUUUGAGUUGUUGGACAUCAACAUUGUUCAAGAGUUGGAGAGUGCCCCGAAUAACACCCCGACAGACAGGACUCCCUGCAUCUCUCCUCUUCCACAAGAUGGCUACCUGCAGGACAAAGUCAGCCCCUCCUUGGGGCUGAUCCAAGAAGAGACUGAAAUGAUCAAUAGCAUCAUGGAUGUUCCUCGUGAGGUGGUUUGUGCUGCAGAGGACAGUGGAGUCCCGGCACAAGAGGAGGGGGGAGAGGACAUCAGUGGAACUCAGUUUGUUUGUGAGACGCUCAUUCGCUCAAUGACUUUGGAGGAAGCCCCUGAUCACACCUUGAUGCGGGGAUCCUGCUCUGGUGCAGUGGUACGUCCGGCUGUUGAGGUUGGCUCCAGUGUGAAAAGUGAUGAAAUCCUGGACAGUAACACCGCUGCCAGCACCCGCAACCCCCCAAAACCUCCCGCAGUGCUGAAGUCAUGCCUUCCAUCCCCUCUUAAAGCCUCCCUACCUGCUCCUCUGUCUGUGAUCCCAGCCCAAGUGGCUGGCCCCAGCUCAGUACCGAUAGCACUCCACACUGCUCCCACCCACUCCACACCUCUGGAGUGCACCACCAUAGCCGAAGCUGGGGGCCCGCACAGUGUGCAGCCCACCGCAAGGGAAUGUGAGAAAGAAGCAGAGGUCAACAAGGGAGGCAAAAAGAAAGAAAGAAUGAGGAGUCGCUCAUCCUCCACCUCCUCAGAGGAUUACAUCAUCAUCCUUCCUGACUGCUUUGACACCAGCCGGCCACUGGGAGAGUCCAUGUACAGCUCUGCUCUGUCACAACCUGGUGACACCCCAGCUAGUACCCACACAGACCCAGAAACCCUGACCUCUCAACUUGGUGCCAGUAACUCCCAUGGAGAGGAACAGGGCAAGGCGCUUGAGGCCACAGCUGCAGGAACAGAGAUGUUGAGCAACAGUAGUGCAAACGACAUGCUUUGCACAUCUCAGACGCUGGACGAUGAGCCCCUGACACCUGAGGUCCUGAUGCCACCUCCAGCCACUCUUGUAACAAGUCCAGAGUGCAUUGGCAAAGCAGUGGAAGAAGGUGCUGCAGCUGAGGAGGAUGUGGAACACUCUGAACAUUAUCAAACUCAUGAUGCCUCUUCUGCUGAAAAGAAAGAGUCAGAUGUUUCACAUGCUACUGCAGCCCCAGAUGAAGACACCGCUGAGGAGCCCAGGCAUGCAGGUGUCACCAGUGAUCUGGUUAAAGGAGCUCUGUCAGUCGCCGCCUCCGCCUACAAAGCGCUGUUCACUGGACAAGGGCCCACGCAGCAAUGUCAACCAAGCACCAAGCACCCAGUGGACGCGUGCACACAGGACACCAUGAUGGCCGUGCUCCUGGAGAUGGGCUUUGGGGACCGCCCCCUCAACCAGCGCUUGCUGAAGAAGCACAACUACAACCUGCUAGACGUUGUCAACGAACUCGUCCAGCUCACUGACAACGACUGGUACUCCACACGCUACUGACAAGUACAAGUAGAUCAUACGCACCAAUAGAAGUCCUAAGCAGAAAAUACAUACAAUUAGUACAUGCCCCAAGUAGAAAAAUACACACUAAUACAAGUCCUAAGCAAAAAAUACAUUAGUUUAGUACACGCCCCAAGUAGAAAACACACAUCAAAACAAGUCCUAAACAGAAAAUACACACAAUCAGUACAAGUACUAAGUAAAUAAUACACACAAUGAGUACAAGUCAGCUUGUAUUGAAAUGGUGUAAUGUCAGCAGGGUGUCCAAGCACUUUUCAGCGGCUCAUGGCUAGAGAAGCUCAUGUCGUCACAUGACCUUUCAUAUAUGCAGCUGCUUUAUUUGGCCCCACUCAUCUUUGCCUUCCCCCUCCUUUUUUUGAGCUUCUUUAACUCGACCAGUUGGACAGAGAUGAGCGUGAGAGAGCGGCACAAGCGGCAAGAUUCUAUCACUCUUCACAAUAAAACACCCCGUAGACAACAACAAAAUACAUCUUAAAAUACACUGACAAUAAGUACUAUUUUCUUGCUUUAUUAGUCCACAACCAAAGGAUUGGGUUUUGCUGCUCUGUAAAAAAUGUCACAUCAUCAAUGAUCUGAAGUCUGUUGAUUUACUGGCAGCGUAACACAGUACUCAUUAAAUACUACCAUCUGUAUUUAAAUAAAAAAUCACUAAAAAACACUACAAAUUGGGGUGGCUGGGCUGCCCCUUAGAGAAGAGGUGAGAAAUAUUGGCAUCCAGGAGAAACCUGGAGUAGAAGUGCUGCUCCUCCCCAUUGAGAGGAGCCAGAUGCUGUCAGGGUGCCUCCAGGACACGUCCCGUCCCAACACGGAGGUGUUGAGGGCAUGUCCGACCGGUAGGUCUCAGGAAAAACCCAGGACACAUUGGAGAGACUAUGGCUGUGUUUGAAUUCGGGGUCUGCAUCCUGCUGUGCUGGUAGCCUAAAGAAAUGAAUAUUUAAUCAAUAUUUAAGCUUGAUUCUUUGAUCUUUGCACCAUAAUGUUGACUUUUUUAACGGCUGAAUGGGAGCGCGCAAAGAAUGUUGGGAUAUGUGCAGGUUGGCUUGAAUGCAGACUUCUUCUCAAUGGAGAAGGAGGACACAUUUUGAGGAGCUUUUGUGGACUUUCUAAUUCGCACAGCCUUCGGGCAGCACAAUUACGUCAUGCAGCCUACAAAUGUGCACUUUUUUAGGAUGCAGACCCUGAAUUCAACAGCGUAUGUCUCUCAACUCGCCUGGGAACUCCUCGGGAUCCGCUGGGAGGAGCUAGACGAGGUAGGCAGGAAAUCUGGGCUUACCUGCUUAUGCUGCUGCCCCCACGACCCGACCUUGAAUAAGCAGGAGACGAUGUGAUAAAAAUGCACCUUAGUUUAUAUGGACACAGUAGACCACAUCUUACGUAUAUGGAGGUGGGAGACCAUACUUUAGUUCAUAUGGAAGCGGUAGACUAAAUGGUAGACCACACCUUAGUUUAUAUGGAGGCGGUAGACCACGCCUUAGUUAAAUAUGGUGUAGAUGUUAGUGUGGGCUUUUGGCAGCAUGGAAGAUGAAGCUGAUGGUGAUAUAGUUUUGUAGAUACACAUGCUGCUGUGUUAUUAUGGCCAUUGCUACUGUAGCUCAUGGUCACCAUAUUGUGUCCCACUGCUUGCUUUCUGUGUGUAAACAUAAAAAUAAAAAAGUGGAGUGAUUGAAAUUGGGUGCUAUUGGUGAGGAAACAUACAUGCUGUAAGUGAUUUUGUCUUUAUUGGUUAGCUUGCUAGGUGCUACUGUAUGUGUUUGUACACGUCAUGCUGAAAGGGGAAUGAAUAUUUCUACUUUGUUCUCACGUAAAGGAAGAACGCCAUCUUGCCCUGUACCCUAUGUUUAUUGUCAAUGUUAGUACAAUCAAUAGUACACUACUGUCAGUAGUACAAGUCAAAUAUUGAGGGAUUAAAUUGUGCUGAGGUGCACUUUGAAAAUAUGCUUGAAUACUACUACUACUACUACUACUACUACUACUAUAACACGGGCAUGCACAAGCAUUGUGUACAAUGCCAUGCUUUGACUUCAACAUGUAUAUAGUUGGGACUUUUUCUAUGUAUAUAAUAGAAAGAUUGUGUCACUAUGAUUAUUGUAUGAUAUAAAUAUGCAUAUUUGUGGAUGAUUGACAAGACCAAGAUGUUUAUUUUGAAAGACAUUCCAUUGAAAAACAUUCAUGUCUUUGAUGGAUGAAUGAUAAUAAAGCUUGUUCUAUCACGUAGAAUCACAUGGCACACACAAUGCAAGCAUACUCUAUAUCUAUAUUUCUAUCUUUCAAUAUUCAUAUCCGCGCUGUGAGGGACUGGAAAGACUUUUUCUGUAUUUGACGAUGUGGAUGUCUUUUCAUUGUGUGUGUUAGUAUUUCCUCUGUGAUUUGUUCAAAUCCUCAUUAAGUUGACACAGAAGUAAUCCAAGACAAUAAAAUCACACUUACAACAACAUAAGAGUGUAUUUCAAUAAAUACAUUUAU